AGCGUCGGGUUCCACCUAUCUUCAGUUCCUACGCCACUCGUCCCUUUCCGCCGCCCGCCCGAGCCUGCCCUCGGCGCCUCCCCCGCCCGUCCGGAGGCCGCCUCGGUUUUUUCCGGCGACGCUCGGGCCCGGCUCGGCCGCUUCCGCCGGCCCUUGUUGUGGCUGGGCCUGCGUCUCCCCUCCGCGACAGGCGGGCGGGCCCGGCCGGGCCUCUCCCCACCAUGGCGGCCUUCGGGAUCCUCAGCUACGAGCACCGGCCUCUCAAGCGGCCGCGCCUGGGCCCGCCUGACGUGUACCCGCAGGACCCCAAGCAGAAGGAGGAUGAGCUGACAGCUCUGAACGUGAAGCAGGGCUUCAAUAACCAGCCAGCCGUCUCUGGGGAUGAGCAUGGCACUGCCAAAAACGUGAACUUCAAUCCCGCCAAGAUCAGUUCAAACUUCAGCAGCAUCAUUGCUGAGAAACUGCGCUGCAACACGCUUCCCGACACAGGCCGCCGGAAACCCCAGGUGAACCAGAAGGAUAACUUCUGGCUGGUGACGGCCCGCUCCCAGAGUGCAAUUAACAACUGGUUCAAUGAUCUGGCUGGGACCAAGCCCCUCACUCACCUGGCUAAAAAGGUGCCCAUCUUCAGUAAGAAGGAAGAAGUCUUUGGAUACCUGGCAAAGUACACAGUACCUGUGAUGAGAGCAGCCUGGCUGAUCAAGAUGACCUGUGCUUAUUACGCGGCCAUCACAGAAACCAAAGUGAAGAAACGGCACGUCAUCGACCCCUUCAGUGAGUGGACGCAGAUAAUCACCAAGUACCUGUGGGAGCAGCUACAGAAGAUUGCCGACUUCUACCGGCAGCUGCUGGCACAGACCUGUGGCUCGCCCUCCAGCCUCAUGCCCCAGGACGUGGAGCACUGUGUGAAGCAGUGGGACUACAACGAGAAGCUCGCCAUGUUCAUGUUCCAGGACGGGAUGCUGGACCGACACGAGUUCCUGACCUGGGUCCUCGAGUGCUUCGAGAAGAUCCGGCCCGGAGAGGACGAGCUCCUGAAGUUGCUCCUGCCCUUGUUGCUGCAGUAUUCCAGUGAGUUUGUGCAGUCUGCCUACUUGUCUCGGCGCUUGGCCUACUUCUGCACCCGCAGACUUGCCAUGCUGCUGGAUAGCACUGGCGGGCACCCUGCUCACCACCUCCUGGCACAGGCCGCCCCUGCACUCCCUUCCACGCCCACCCCUCAGCCGGCUGCGGGGAACCUACCGCCCAGCCCCUUCAGUGACCUGCUGCUGUGUCCCCAGCACCGCCCGGUGGUAUUUGGACUCAGCUGCAUCCUCCAGAGUAUUGUCCUGUGUUGCCCCAGUGCCCUCGUCUGGCAUUACUCCCUGACCGACAGCCGAAUCAAAACCGGCUCUCCACUCGACAGCUUGCCCAUCGCCCCCUCCAAUCUGCCCAUGCCUGGGGUCAAUUCAGCCUUCAUGCAGCAGGUCCGAGCAAAGCUCCGGGAGAUUGAGCAGCAGAUCAAAGAGCGGGGCCAGGCGGUGGAGGUGCGCUGGUCUUUUGAUAAAUGCCAAGAAGCCACUGCAGGGUUCACAAUUGGUCGGGUGCUCCACACCUUAGAAGUCCUCGACAGCCACAGUUUUGAGAAAUCGGACUUCAGCAACUCCUUGGAUUCCUUAUACAACAGGAUAUUUGGGGUGGGACCAAGCAAAGACAGCCACGAGAUCUCCUCUGAUGACGACGCAGUGGUGGCCCUGCUGUGUGAGUGGGCCGUCAGCCACAAGCGGUCUGGGCGCCACAGGGCAAUGGUCGUGGCCAAACUGCUGGAGAAGCGGCAUUCGGAGAUCGAGGCAGAGAGGUGCGGGGACUCAGAAGUGGUGGAUGAGAAGGGCUCCAUCUCGUCGGGCUCCCUCUCGGCAGUCAGUGCUCCUGUCUUCCAGGACGUCCUCAUGCAGUUCUUGGACACUCAAGCUCCUGUGCUAACCGACCCCAGCAACGAGAACGAGAAGGUGGAGUUCUUCAACCUGGUCCUGCUGUUCUGCGAGCUGAUCCGGCACGACGUCUUCUCCCACAACAUGUACAUGUGCGCCCUGAUCUCCCGCGGCGACCUGGCCAUCGACGUGCACGGCCCCCGGCCCCCCUCGCCCUUCGACGACCCCACCGAGGAGCACGACCGGAAGGAGGGGGAGGGCAGCAGCAGCACCAACAAGCUGGAGGACACGGGCCUGUCAGAGUGCCAGAUGGACCUUGACCAGAACUCCAGCGUGAUUUUUGAUGACAUGGAGAAGACAGACUUCUCGAUGUUCUCUCCUUCCAUACACUGCGAGUCCAAAGCCAGUCCUUCUCCCGAGAAACUGGAUCCCGAAAAGGAGAGCAAGCCUCUUCUGAAGGACGGCAUGCUGGCGUCGCUCUACGACCAGCCUCGGCACAUCCAGUAUUCCACACACUUCCCUAUCCCUCAGGAGGAGUCGAGCAGCCACGAGUGUAACCAGCGGCUGGUGGUCCUCUUUGGUGUUGGGAAGCAGCGUGAUGAGGCCCGGCACGCCAUCAAGAAGAUAACCAAAGAUAUCCUGAAAGUGUUAAACAGGAAGAGCACGGCAGAGACAGGAGGAGAGGAAGGCCAGAAGAGGAAGAGGAGCAAGCCAGAGGCCUUCCCAACAGCUGAGGAUAUCUUUGCCAAGUUCCAGCACCUUUCUCACUUUGACCAGCACCUUGUCACCUCUCAGGUAUCUCGCAACGUCUUGGAGCAGAUCACCAGCUUUGCCUUAGGGAUGUCGUACCACCUGCCUCUGGUGCAGCAUGUCCAGUUCAUCUUUGACCUGAUGGAGUAUUCGCUCAACAUCAGUGGACUCAUUGACUUUGCCAUCCAGUUGCUGAACGAGCUGAGUGUGGUAGAGGCAGAGCUGCUGCUGAAAUCCUCUGACCUGGUGGGCAGUUACACCACCAGCCUGUGCCUCUGCAUUGUGGCCGUCCUGCGGCACUAUCAUUCCUGCCUUAUCCUCAACCAGGACCAGAUGGCCCAAGUCUUUGAAGGGCUGUGUGGGGUGGUGAAGCAUGGCAUGAAUCGCUCCGAUGGCUCCUCUGCAGAGCGCUGCAUCCUGGCCUACCUCUAUGACCUGUACACGUCCUGCAGCCACCUGAAAAGCAAGUUUGGGGAGCUCUUCAGCGACUUCUGCUCCAAGGUGAAGAAUACAAUCUACUGCAACGUGGAGCCGUCGGACUCGAACAUGCUGUGGGAGCCCUUGUUCAUGAUCGACACCAUUGAGAACCCGUCGGCACACAACUUUACGUACACGAACCUGGGCAAGAGCCUCACCGACAACCCGGCCAACCGCUACAGCUUCGUCUGCAAUGCACUCAUGCAUGUGUGUGUGGGGCACCACGACCCUGACAGGGUCAACGACAUUGCGAUCCUUUGUGCAGAGCUGACGGGUUACUGCAAGUCGCUCAGCGCCGAGUGGCUGGGCGUUCUGAAGGCUCUCUGCUGCUCCUCCAACAACGGGACGUGUGGCUUCAAUGACCUCCUCUGCAACGUGGAUGUGAGUGACUUGUCUUUCCACGACUCCCUCGCCACUUUCGUGGCCAUCCUCAUCGCUCGCCAGUGUCUCCUCCUUGAGGACCUGAUCCGCUGCGCCGCCAUCCCCUCGCUGCUCAAUGCUGCUUGCAGCGAGCAGGAUUCAGAGCCCGGAGCCCGUCUGACUUGCCGGAUUUUGCUGCACCUUUUCAAGACCCCGCAGUUGAAUCCAUGCCAGCAGGAUAGCAGCAAGCCGUCGGUGGGCAUCCGCUCCUCCUGCGACCGCCACUUGCUGGCUGCUUCCCAGAACCGGAUUGUGGACGGUGCUGUCUUUGCGGUGCUGAAGGCUGUCUUUGUGCUGGGGGACGCUGAACUGAAGGGCUCCGGGUUUUCCCAUCCUGGAGGGGUGGACGACCUCAUGGAGGACGACAAGAAGCCUGCCAGCCGGAUCGUCUCCAUAGAGACAGCAAGCCUGGAUAUUUACGCCAAGUAUGUCCUCAGGAGCAUCUGCCAGCAGGAGUGGGUGGGAGAGCGCUGCUUGAAAUCCUUGUGUGAGGACAGCAACGACCUGCAGGACCCCGUCCUGAGCAGCACCCAGGCCCAGAGGCUGAUGCAGCUGAUCUGCUACCCGCACCGGCUGCUCGACAGUGAGGAGGGCGAGAACCCCCAGCGGCAGAGAAUCAAGCGCAUUUUACAGAAUCUGGACCAGUGGACGAUGCGGCAGUCGUUGUUGGAGCUGCAGCUCAUGAUCAAGCAGACGGCCAACAACCAGGAAAUGAACUCCUUGCUGGAGAACAUUGCCAAGGCCACCAUCGAGGUCUUCCAGCAGUCGGCCGAGACCAACUCCGCCAGCAACGGGAUCGUCAGCCUCAGUGGCUCCGCCAGCGUGGUGCCGGCCAGCACCAAAGCCAAGCCCAUCCUCAGCUCCCUGGAGAGGUCAGGCGUGUGGCUGGUGGCCCCUCUCAUCGCCAAGCUCCCGACCUCCGUGCAAGGCUACGUCCUGAAGGCUGCGGGAGACGAGCUGGAGAAAGGGCAGCACCUGGGCUCCUCCUCUCGCAAGGAGCGGGACCGUCAGAAGCAGAAGAGCAUGUCUCUGCUGAGCCAGCAGCCUUUCCUGUCCCUGGUGCUGACGUGCCUGAAAGGCCAGGACGAGCAGCGUGAAGGCCUCCUCACCUCCUUGUACAGCCAGGUCCAGCAGAUUGUGACCAACUGGCGAGAAGACCAAUAUCAGGACGACUGCAAGGCGAAGCAGCUGAUGCACGAGGCGCUGAAGCUGCGGCUUAAUCUGGUGGGGGGCAUGUUUGACACGGUGCAGCGCAGCACUCAGCAGACCACCGAAUGGGCUGUGCUUCUCCUGGACAUCAUCAGCAGUGGCACGGUGGAUAUGCAGUCCAACAAUGAGCUCUUCACCACAGUCCUGGACAUGCUGAGUGUACUCAUCAGCGGCACGCUGGCUGCAGACAUGUCCAGUAUCUCCCAGGGCAUCAUGGAGGAGAAUAAGCGGGCC